AAAGAAGUCUCUCACAUUCUCACACUACUCAAAUCUUCAUCGCUUAGAUCUUUCUUUAAAAACAAAUCAGAAAUUUUCUUAAGAGUCAAGAAAAUUUCAAGAACCAAUUCUAUAAUGAUCUCAGUGGUGAUUCUUACUGAGCUACUAGUAGAGUACACGGCAGCUCUAGCUAAACUCACCGCCGGGAUUCUUCCACGGCGUACCGGAGAUAGAAACGCCGUAAGGAUCGGUGGUUUUCUCCUUCCUUCACCUUCUUCAACGACGUCGAUGAUUCCUGAUUUCUCUUCUCAUCUAGUUGAUUUCUGAUUUGCCAACUUUUUUAUUUUGGCUGAUUUAUUCAGUUUUUGACUUCAGAUCCUAGCUCCCUUCUAUGAUCUAGUCGAUGAGAAGCGACUGAGAUUUUUACUGAGUGUCUCGUCGUCUUGAAUCACGUUUUCUUGAAUCGUAUAGAGCUUUGUAGAAUCUGUAUCUAAUUUUUAUAUAUAGAGAUGGUUGAUAGUUUUGAAGAACUAAUAAGUUUACUAGAUCUUUUUUUGUUUCCAUGUGAUUUGUGUUUUUAUAGUACUUUAACAUUUGUUAAAGGCUAUGAUCUUGAUCUGUAAUUUCAUAACUAGACCUCUAUUUUGCUUUAUGGUCAAUGAAAACUUGCGAGCAUUUGUUCACAAAUCACAGAUGAGGGUUAUCGGAGUCUCGAAUUCGAUUUCGAAAAUGAGUUAUUGAAUUUGUUAACAUUAGUAUUUCGAUUAACUUCUUGACAUUUGAAGUCCUUGAUCACGUCCGAAAAAAAAGAAGAAGAAGGCAACUUGAUCAGUAAAAAUUGCUUUAAGUUUAUUAAUUUUCUACUUAUUAAAAUAUGACUGAAGUAGCCACAAGUUGAUAUAUAACGGAGUAAUUGGUAAUUAAGACUUUGAAGUUUGAACCUUCAAAGAAGUUAAAUAAUGGAGAUUUGUAACGUACGCCAUCUUUAUUAAUUUUAUGAGCCAAAUGUUACUAUCUAC